AUGGCGGGUAUCUUUCGGACGAUUUAUGACUGGCUCCUGAGGAUGUUUUGGGCGACGGAGAUGGAUGUCACCAUGAUCGGGCUUCAGAAUGCCGGUAAAUCGUCGCUUUUGCGUGUGCUUGCGGGAGGCGAGUUUACUGUAGAUUCCAUCCCCACCAUUGGCUUCAACACGAAGCGGGUUCAGAAAGGCCAUGUGACCUUGAAAUGCUGGGAUCUAGGGGGCCAACCACGGUUCCGACCAAUGUGGGAGCGGUACUGCCGUGGUGUCAAUGCGAUAGUUUACAUAGUUGACGCAGCAGACCGGGCUGCACUUCCGGUUGCCACAGAUGAGCUACACGACUUGAUGAACAAGUCCACCCUAGAUGGUAUUCCGCUUUUGGUCCUUGGGAAUAAGUCCGACCUUCCAAAUAAACUGUCGGUCGAUGAACUGAUUGAUGCGAUGGACCUCAAGUCCAUUACCCACCGCGAAGUGAGCUGCUAUGGUAUCAGUGCCAAAGAAGAGACUAACCUCGAUGCCGUUCUGCAUUGGUUAAUUGCCCGAGCCAGUCGAUAA